AUGUUCCGUUUACUUGGUCUUCCUCGCGGCACUUCUCUUGAAAAGCUGACAUUUGGAAAUCUUCUCAAUUCUCAACAAAAAUUAAUAGCAAAUUUAGAAAAAUUAAAAGAAUUAAAUGCCCGCGCCCAUGGGGAAGUUAGUAUUCGUGAAGCAAUACAAGAGCUUGAAAUGUGGGCAGCACAGGCGGAUUUUUCAUUAACAGACUACAAACAUGCUAGCGGAGCAUCUCUCAAAAUAGUUAAAGAAUGGAAGCCUAUACUUAAUCAAGUUCGUGAUAAUCAAGCUUUAAUUUCGUCUCUUCGAAAUUCUUCCUAUUAUGCUCAAUUCGCCGAACAAAUAGGAAUAUGGGAAAGGAAAAUAUCUGAUUUGGAAUUAUUUUUACACCAUCUUAGUGAAAUACAGCGCAAAUGGGUAUAUUUAGAACCUAUCUUUGGAAGGGGUUCUUUGCCUUCAGAAGCAGCACGUUUCAAUCGAAUAGAUGCUGAAUUUCGGAUUAUUAUUAAUGAUAUUUCAAGAGACAAUCGUAUCAUUUCAUUAUGUUCUGGAAACAGUACAGCUUUGGGUCGGACUUUGGAACAAUUAGUGGAUCAAUUAAAUAGAUGUCAACGAGCUUUAAAUGAUUUUCUUGAAGAAAAACGGGGCGCAUUUCCUCGAUUCUACUUUCUUGGAGAUGAUGACCUUCUUGAAAUUGUUGGGCAAUCUACAAACCCAACAGUUAUUCAAUCACACCUGAAAAAAUUGUUUCAAGGAAUCAACAGAGUAGCAUUUGAUACACAAUUACAAAACAUUCGUGCAAUGAUUUCUGCUGAAGGAGAGACAGUUCAACUUAUUAAACCUGUUCAAAUAGUGCCAAAAGUUGAAAUAUGGUUGGAAGCUUUGGGUGAAGAAAUGAGGAAUACUUUACAAAAAUUGGUUGUUGACUGUCUUCACGAACGUUCAUUAGACCCAAGUCGAUACCCUUCACAAGUCUUAUGUCUCUCUGAACAAAUCAGGUUCUGCAGCGAUGUCGAAAAAUGCCUUUCUAAUGUUGGGGGAAAUCCUACCGAAAACUUAACGGCAUAUAGACGUCAAUUAAUUAAACAACUUGAACAAUUGAGUGGGUCUUCUACAGAUGAUCCUUUAGGACAAUUAAAACUGAAAGCUCUUGUAUUGGAUUUGAUUCAUCAUAUUUCAAUAUUAGAUCAACUUGUGGUUGCAGAAAAUAAUCAGUCAGUUAUUUGCUGGACUUGGAGAAGACAAUUAAGAUUUUAUUUGGUUUCUGGCCUCGUUAUUGUGCGACACGCUGACCAUGAAUUUAACUAUUCCUACGAAUAUCAAGGAAAUGCCCAAAAAUUAGUUAAUACACCAUUAACUGACAAAUGCUACCUGACUUUAACACAUGCACUUGCUAUGGGGUUGGGAGGAAAUCCUUAUGGCCCUGCUGGGACAGGAAAAACUGAAUCUGUUAAAGCACUUGCCGGACUUUUGGGAAGACAGGUAAGGAAACUCAAUUCUCAAUUUUCGACAUUAAUUUACUCUAUUCAGGUCUUGGUUUUCAACUGUGAUGAAGGUAUUGACGUAAAUGCCAUUAGUCGCAUAUUUGUUGGCCUAGUUCAAUGCGGCGCCUGGGGAUGUUUUGAUGAAUUCAAUCGCCUUACAAAAGGAGUUCUUUCUGCUGUUUCUAGCCAAGUCCAAAUUAUCCAAGAAGCUGUCCGUGUCCGUGCAAGCAAUUGCCAAAUAGGAGAUCAUUCUUCUGUUCCAGUCAAUGGAAAUUCGGCAAUUUUUGUUACCCUCAAUCCAGCAGGAAAAGGUUAUGGUGGCCGGCAAAGAUUACCAGAUAAUCUAAAACAACUUUUCCGUCCAGUGGCUAUGUCUGUGCCAGAUAAUGAAUUAAUUGCUGAAACUCUGCUUUUUUCGGAGGGUUAUACACAAGUAUACAUUUAUUGGGUUAAUCAAAUUUUUAAAAAUUCCCAGGCAAAAUCUCUAGCUAAAAAAUUAGUUACAACAUUUUCACUUGCCUCUGCAAUGCUUAGUACUCAACAACACUAUGACUGGGGACUUAGAGCCCUUAAAACAGUAUUAAAAGGAUGUGCAGAUUCAAUAGCUAAAAGGAGACAAGAUAUUAAAAGUCAACAAAAACAACAAAAAUUAAAAAUUGAAGAGGAAAGGGAACUUAUUGUUCAAAAUUUACAUUUAAAUACAAUGUCUAAACUAACUUUUGAAGAUGCGCAACGUUUUAGGAUUUUAUUAGAGGAUAUUUUUCCGGGUGUGCCAAAUCGAACGGUGCUCAUUUAUUUAUUAAAGUUAUGA